GGGAGCGCGGUUCCCGCCCCGGCCCGGCCCGGCCCCGCCGGCCCGCGGAGCGCAGCGCGGCCCGGAGCCGCGAGCAUGGUGUCGCGGCCCUGACCGCCUCUCCCCGGUGGGGACGGCCGUGGGGCGGCGGCGGCGGCCCGUGCCCCGGCGGGCGGGGGCGCGGGAUGACCGGAGUGCUGGAGAGCCUGGUGCCGGACAUGCACGCCAGCCAGAUCUCCGCCGGCAGCUACCACCAGCACGGCGGCCUGCACAAGCCGCAGGAGUCCCCCACGCUGCCCGUCUCCACCGCCACCGACAGCAGCUACUACACCAACCAGCAGCACGGGGCGGCGGGCGGGCCGCCCUACGGACCGGUGGGCGCCUACCCCUAUGCGGGCGGCGGCACCGCCCCCUACUCCGCCAAGGCCGGCUACGACCUGGGCUACGCGGGCGCCUACGGCUCCUACGGGCCCUACGGCAGCAGGGCCUCUCCGGCCAACAACGACUCCGCAGAGAAGGAAGACUGCGAGCCGGAGAUCAGGAUCGUGAACGGGAAGCCGAAGAAAGUGCGGAAGCCCCGAACCAUCUACUCCAGCUUCCAGCUGGCGGCUCUGCAGCGGCGCUUCCAGAAAACCCAGUACCUCGCCCUGCCCGAGAGAGCGGAGCUGGCGGCCUCCCUCGGCCUCACCCAGACACAGGUGAAGAUCUGGUUCCAGAACCGCCGUUCCAAGUUCAAGAAGAUGUGGAAGAGCGGCGAGAUCCCGGCGGAGCCGCCCCCUCGCCGCAGCGCCUCGCCGCCGCCGCCCCCCGCCUCGCCCCCCGCCUGGGACUUCGCUCCGCACCCGCGCACGGCUGGCGGCGGCGCCGGCACCGCCAGCCCCAGCCCCGCCGCCGCCUUCCUCGGCAGCUACUCGUGGUACCCGCCGGCCGCUGCCCCCCUCCCGCAGCCGGCGCAGCCCCCGCACCACCACGGCGGCGGCGGCGGCGGCGGCGGCAUCUUCUAGGCGCCGCAGAGACUUGAGCCCGCGGGGCCGCGCCCGGCGGCCGCGGGGCACCGAGGUGCAGCACUGGUGUUUUGGUGAAGCCUGGCUCCGGCCGUCCCGCCGGAGGGGAACAGAUCCGCUCCCCCGUCCCGUCGCGCCGCCGCCGGCGGACCCCGUGUGGGCUCGGCCCCGCGGCUGCCCGCCCUCCCGCCGCCGAAAUAACCACGCCGCGGAACAGGCAACCCCACCUCCCCUCCCUCCGUCCCUCUUCCUCCUCCCCGGCUUUUUCAUCAAACCACCGGU